UUUUCUUUCACAUUCGUAAAGUAAACAAGACAAACCGGAUAAUGUAAACAAUAUCUAAACAUUUUUAAAUACGUAAACGUUAAUCAUUAUUAUGCAAAUUUAAAUUAAAUGUUUCUUCUAGAAUGUUAGUACAAACAUAAACACGAAGAAAAAUAUCAAAACUUCGCUAAAAAUUUAACGCGUUAUGUAGUUCGUAAAAAUGAUUAUAACAAGAGCAAGUUUGUUGAAACGAAUACAAAUACAAAGCGUAAAAAGGUUGACAACGGUCAGCGACAAAGUGGAGAAUGUGGGCCCAGUGGUGUUCCACAAGCUCGGGGGCGACGACCGCGGCAUCGCAGUGUACGGCCUCAACAGCCCCCGAGACAAGAACGCGCUGGGCUUCGACCUGCUGCAGAGUAUGAAGGAGGUCAACCAACUCAUUCGGGAGGACACAAAAAUCUCAGUGGUUAUACUGCACAGUUUGGUAAAGGGCAUAUUCUGUGCUGGAGCAAACCUCAAAGAGAGAUUUAAAAUGAAUGAUGAUGAAGUAGCAAGGUUUGUCCGCACUUUGAGAAAUACUUUCAUUGAAAUAGAAGAUCUGCCCAUGCCCACCAUAGCUGCAGUGGAAGGGGUGGCGGUAGGAGGAGGCCUGGAGCUGGCGCUGGCCUGUGACAUAAGAAUAGCUGCAGAGACAGCCAAGCUUGGUUUGGUGGAGACGGGCCGAGGGCUCAUCCCCGGGGCGGGAGGCACUCAGAGGCUGCCCAGGGUCAUACACCCCAACAUUGCCAAGGAAUUGAUAUUUACUUCAAGAAUUGUGAGCGGGAAGGAGGCUAAGGAUCUCGGCGUGGUGAACCACGUGGUGCCGCAGAACAGCAGCCACACGGCGGCGUACGAGCGCGCGGUGGGCGUGGCGCGCGAGAUCAUAUCCAACGCGCCCAUCGCGCUGCGCUGCGCCAAGCAAGCCAUCAACGAGGGCGUGCAACUCAGCAUCAAGGACGGGUAUGAGGUGGAGCAGAAGUGCUACGAGAAGAACAUACCGACGCAGGACCGGCGCGAGGGCAUGCUGUCCUUCAUUGAGAAAAGAAAACCACAGUACAAAGGACACUGAUGCGUUUAUUGUUUGGGUUGUUGUGUAGUGCUACAACUACUGCUCGUGUAGUACUGCUGCACGCACCGGACCACUGCUAUGGGAUAGUAUCAACUCACAGUACAGAGCUCAAUCUUACAAAGGUGUAACAUUGAACUCUGUACUGUGAGUAUGUACAAGGGUACAUAGUACAUCUUAGCUAUCUCCAGUCAAUUAAAAGACCUUUCUGCUAUAUACUGUUGUUAUUGCAUAUUUAUUAGAUCAUGUAAUGACAAUAAUAAAUGUUUUGUAAUUUUAUAUUGUUAUUUAAUUGUAUUGUACAGGGUAAGUGUGGAAUAAUUACACAAUAUUUUUGUAUUUACAAAACAAGAGUAUACCCUUUAUUAUAUUUUAUAAUUUCUAUAGUUGGAUAUUGCUGCAAUAUAAGAUAAACAGAAUGUGUAAUAUUGUAAGCCAUCAACAUUGUUGUUAUAUACUUUAUACAUAAUAAGAAUAAAUAAAUAAAUGUUUUCAAAAAAUA